AUGGUGGAGAGCAUGGAGUUUGAAAAGGAGGAUAAGAAGUACUGCAUGCAGCGCAAGCACGUGGUGAUCAUCUGCGCUGUGGUUGUGGUGGCUGCCGUCUCCGUAGGGCUCGGUGUGGGCCUCAGCCGCCCGAGCCCCGCCCCCUGCGAGGAGGCCACCCCCAAGCCCACUGUGGCCCCGAAACCCACCCCCAAGCCCACCGAACCCCCGCAGCCAACCCCCACCACUCCCCCGUCCGACCGCGGGCCCUGUGCCCCCUCCGAUGACGCCACAGGCGAGUGGAAGAACUUCCGGCUGCCCAGCUACGUCAGCCCGGUCCACUACGACCUCCACCUGGAGCCCGACCUGAAUACAGACACCUACACCGGGCGCGUCUCCAUCCAGCUGCACGUCACCAGGGCCACCACGCACCUGUGGCUGCACAUCCGGGAGACCUUUGUCAGCGGAGUCCCCAAGCUGCAGAGGCGGACCGGGGGUGAACUGCAGGACGUGCCCCUGAAGGGGUGCUUCGAGUACAAGCCCCAGGAGUACGUGGUGGUGGAGGCCGCCGAAUCGCUCCCAGACACCAGCGGUGAUGACCAUUACAUCCUGACACUGGACUUUCAGGGAUGGCUCAACGGCUCCCUGGUGGGCUUUUACAGGACCACCUACAUGGAGAACGGGGUGUUGAAGAAAAUUGCUGCCACGGACCACGAGCCGACGGACGCCCGCAAGUCCUUCCCCUGUUUUGACGAACCCAACAAGAAGGCCACCUACAAAGUGUCGAUAACACACGACCCUUCCUACAGCGCACUCUCCAACAUGCCUAUCGAGAAAACUGAAGUUCUCCCUGGCAAUAAGAUGCUUACCUCUUUCCAGCGGUCAGUUCCAAUGAGUACCUAUUUGGUGUGUUUUGCUGUGCACCAGUUUGCCUUCGUGGAAAGAACGUCAUCACGAGGAGUUCCUCUGCGCAUUUACGCACAGCCAUUACAGAUUCACACGGCAGAAUACGCAGCAAAUGUAACCAAGAUUAUUUUUGACCACUUUGAAAGCUACUUCAACAUGAGUUACUCCAUUCCCAAGCUAGACAAGAUCGCUAUCCCAGAUUUUGGCACCGGGGCCAUGGAGAACUGGGGUCUGAUCACCUACAGGGAAAAUAACCUCCUUUAUGAUGAGAAGGAGUCGUCUUCUUACAACAAGCAGCGCGUGGCCAGCGUCAUCUCCCAUGAGCUGGUGCACCAGUGGUUUGGGAACAUUGUAACAAUGGACUGGUGGGACGACCUGUGGCUGAACGAGGGCUUUGCCAGCUUCUUCGAGUACGUGGGCGUAGAGGAGGCCGAGCCCACGUGGAAAAUGCGGGACAUCAUGCUUAUCGACGACGUGCUUCCGGUCAUGGUGGAUGACGCCCUCCUCUCCUCCCACCCCAUCAUCGUGGAUGUGUCCACUCCCGCAGAGAUCACCUCGGUGUUCGACGGCAUCUCCUACAGCAAGGGGGCGUCCAUCCUGAGGAUGUUGGAAGACCUGAUGGGCCGGGAUGAUUUUAGGGAUGGAUGUCGGAAAUAUUUGAAAGACUUUCAUUUCAAGAAUGCAAAAACUGCAGACUUUUGGCGCUCUUUAGCAGUGGUUAGCGGACUGCCUGUGGAAGCAAUCAUGGACACUUGGACCAAGCAGAUGGGUUACCCUGUUUUGAGCUUAUCGCUGACGGGUGCUGAGGCCAGUCUGACACAGAAGAGAUUCCUUCUGGACCCAAAUGCCGACCCCUCCCAACCCGCCUCCCCAUUUGGGUACAAGUGGACUAUUCCCAUACAAUGGCACUCUCUUGGCAGCAAUAACAAUGGCACUGUGAUGUUCGACAUUGCCCAGUCAGAGCUGACAGUGACAGGAUAUAACAGCGCUGCGGAUGGACUGCUCAAAGUGAACAGAGAUCACAUGGGGUUCUAUCGCGUCAAUCACCACGACAACAUGUGGAGCACCAUCAGCCAGCAGCUACUCACAAACCAUUUGGAAUUCUACACUGCUGAUCGAUGUGGCUACAUUGACGACGUGUUUGCCCUGGGAAGGGCGAAUGUGCUGGACUAUGGCAAUGCUUUUAACCUGACCAAAUACCUGGGCGCUGAAAAGGAGUACAUCGUGUGGGACAGAGUGGCGUCCUCCAUCUCCUACAUAAACGACAUGCUGAUGGACGAUAGAACACUUUACCCGAAGUUCCAGAAAUAUUUCCGUGAUCAGGUGCGGAACAUCACCAAGGAACUCGGAUGGCAAGAUACUGGAAGCCAAACAGAAAGGUUAUUGCGUGAAACAGUGUUGGGAAUCGCUUGCAAGAUGGGGGACCAGGAGGCUUUGGAUCAGGCUUCUCAACUGUUUGACCAAUGGAUCAGUGGCACAAGUGUGGGUGUUAACCUGCGGCUGCUCGUGUACCGCUACGGGAUGAAGAACUCUGGCACGGAGGAGAAGUGGAAUGUCACAUUCGAGCGGUACCGCACCACCACGCUGGCGCAGGAGAAAGACAAGCUGCUGUACGGCCUGGCCUCUGUGGAGAACGUUGGCCUGCUGCACAGACUCCUGGAAGCUGCACGGGACGAGAGCAUCGUCAGGAGCCAGGACGUGUUCACCCUCAUCAGAUACGUCUCCUUGAACAAAUAUGGAAAAACCAUGGCAUGGGACUGGAUGACCCUCAACUGGGAAUAUCUGGUGAACAGAUUCACCCUCAACGACAGGAACCUGGGCCGCCUGGUCGCUAGGAUCACCACCACAUUCAACACAGAGCUCCAGCUGUGGCAGAUGCAGCACUUCUUCGAGAGGUACCCAGAGGCAGGGGCAGGAGAGACGCCCAGAAAGCAGGCCCUGGAGACGGUGAAGAACAACAUCGAGUGGGUGGCGACCAACAUAGCCGAGAUCGGCGCCUGGCUGGAGAGCAAUGUCAUGUGACGGCGGUGGCCAAUCACCGCGGAGAGCAGCACAGGGGUGAAAGGGCACCAUCUUAUGUUUCAUGUGCAGCGUACCCACACUACAUGAGUAAACUGAGCACUAUCCUAACAAAAGGAGCCGCCUCGAAGCAGAGUGCGUAUAUCCCAGAAGCCCAGAAAGACUGGUAUUUAUAACGUAUACUGUAGUAUUUAUAAAGUAACCUGCAAUUUGCCCACACUGCAAUUUGCCCUUAACUUUAAGUAAUUCAAGCAAGUGUUCCAAUUCUUCAUUAUUUUUUGUCAUUGCACCAAUCACCAAACUCAACACUGUAUACAAAUGAACACUUAAAUGAACACUGAAAUGCCUAAUUUUGACGCUCCAAUUGAAAGAAAAGUGCAUUAUGGGUACACUGAAGAAAGUCUAUGGACUAUAAUUAUAAUACC